CGCAUGCGCAUGCCCAAAGCUCUCUUGACCUGGCGUUACCUAUCGCGGACUCGAGUCAAGCUGUGCACGCAGAAAGAUGACUGCGAUCCUGCUCCCUAUCUUGCUAAUGCUCGCUACUUCUACAAGGGCAGCGGCAACUUGCUCUGCUGGAACAACUGCCACUGCUGCCGGCGAAAGGAGAGAUCUUCUAAAUGGAUGGGUGCAUAUAAACAAGAACGAAGUGGCCACUUGUAAUGGAACAGUGUAUGGCUGGAGCUACUGCUUGGAUCCUGUCGAUAAUAGGCAAGCACAAGAGAUACAAAUCGCCAUGUAUCGACUCCAGCCGAAUGGGACUUACAGUCUAGUUGAAGGGAGUUAUCACGAGCUGAAAAUUGAUGAGCAAACGGACUCGUUCACUUGUGAAAAUAUCACGUUACAGGCUUCAGAGCGGUUCACUGUCCGGCAAGGUGACGUGGUGGGAUUCUGUGAAGAAUCUGACACAGUUUGGUACUACAUAAAGGAUGGUAGUUUGCUGCUGCGUUGGAAUGCACGUGGCUGCUCUCAACUAUCAUCAAGCCGUGGACAAAUAUCCGAGCUUCGGAACAGCGAACUUCUCCUUUCAGCUCUCAUUGAGGAAGAGAGUACAGAAGUGGGCGACGAAAGUGGAAGCAGUGGUCUUGGAGGUGGUGCAGUGGCAGGAAUAGUCAUUGCAGUACUGACUGUGUUGUCUGCAAUGGCUGUUGGUGCAGUGGUCGGUGUGUUCGUCUACUACAAGAGAAAACAGGAUAACCAGAAACAAGGAAAGAGCUAUGGAUGUGUAUUCACAUGUGUGCAGGUUGAGCCACAUUCUCCAGAUUCUAUACAAGACUACUACUCCAGCAUCCUAAAUAAGGCAGUUGAAGAGAAUAUUUAUGAGUCUCUAGCUCCCUACCAAGUUCCAGCUGAGAAAGAAGACGAUCUCUACCACCAGAUACAGUCCUACCACAUCAAAACAAUCCCCAGGAAUGAUAUCAAGAUGGUCUCCCACCUGGGAACAGGAGAGUUUGGAACCGUAAGCAAGGGCCAGUGGACCUCAGAGGGGCGAGUGAUGGAGGUGGCAGUGAAGACUCUGACAGACUCGGCCAACACUGUCAAGUUUCUCCAGGAGGCAGCCAUCAUGGCCCAGUUCAGACACCCCAAUGUGACAGCACUCCGCGGUGUUGUCAGCCAAGGAACACCUAAAAUGAUGGUAUUGGAACUCAUGCACAAAGGGGACUUGCAUCACUUUCUCAAUGCCCUCAGCUCAGAAGCAAAUGGACUUGCAAAGCUGCUUUUAAACUUCUCCAAACAUGUAGCCUUGGGACUACAUUACCUUUCAUCUAUAGGCUUUGUACACAGAGAUCUAGCAGCCAGAAAUAUCCUCGUAUCCAAGAACAAUAUCCUUAAGCUGCUAAGAAUUGAUUUUCAGAUUGCAGACUUUGGGAUGUCAAGAGAUGUAUCUGAUGACGACAUAUACGUCUCACAUGGAGGGAUGAUCCCUGUUCGUUGGACUGCAUUAGAAGCACUGCAACACAAGCGAUACUCUACUGCCAGUGAUGUGUGGAGCUAUGGAUGUGUCCUCUACGAGAUAUGGAGUCUUGGACACAAGCCUUUUGAAAGCAGCCAGUUGAAAGGGAUAAUGAAAUUACUGAAGAGUGGCUAUCGUCUUCCCCCUCCACCUGGAUGCCCUAAAACCGUCUACCGCCUCAUGAUUGAAUGCUGGCACCCAGAUUCAUCGAGCAGACCUCAACCAAGGGAUGUGUUGAAGGGUCUUCUGGGGAAUGUUGAGCAGGUACUGGCUGUACCUCCUGAAGAUGUGCCAGCUGACAGCCAGGCUGCUGUCCUGGGAGCUCCUCUGGACAGAGCCUCUCAUCUCUACCAAGACCUUCAGAACACGUAUAUAAGCAGAACAAUCAGCCCUGUAGUGUCCCAGACUUGCCCCAGCUACACGGCUGGCUACACUGAGACCCAGGCCAUCCAACCAUCGUCCAAUGGUAGGCUCUACGUCAAUGAGCUUCCCUCGUCUCUCAGGGCCCAGUGCAGCGGCACUGUUUAUCGAUGGUAUUAUUGCUACUACCCCGUUCAGAGACAGAACGACCUGGAAGUAGCAUUUGGGGCAUUUCGAGCGACGACUGACGACGACGGUGAUGUAGAUCGCUACUACCUCCGCACUGGUAGCUACUACUUCCUACACUUGGACGCAAGGGAGAACAGUUUCACGUGUGGCUCGGUCGACCUGGACGAGCAAGACUAUUUCCAGAUCUACGAAAAUGACAGAGUCGGUGCUUGCAUGAGAAACGGCAACAAUGAGUUCCUAGACAUUCUAGCUGAGAGUGCCCCCAAUAAUUACAGAGUGGGCAGGUGGGGCAGUAGCUCUGGCUCAUGCCAGGAGAGCGACAUGUCUCAGUCUACAGAAGAGCCAGACACUGAUCGACAAUUUAUACUCCACCUCUACGUGGACAUAAAUAUUGACGAGUGUGCUCUGGGUGUGGACAACUGUCACGAUACUCUUGCCUACUGCACUGAUGUGGUUGGAGGAGAGGAGAGUUUCAACUGCGCCUGUAUUGCUGGCUACACUGGUGAUGGUGUCACAUGCAACAGCAUAGAUGAGUGUCUGUUAAGGUUGGAUGCAUGUGUGAAGAAUGCAAAUUGCUUAGAUACUGAGGGCAGCUAUGAGUGCAUUUGUUCCAGUGGAUAUAGUGGAGAUGGUCUGGUCAAUUGCGAGAACGUCAAUGAGUGUACUGAGGAUACCCACAUGUGCGAUGACGUAGCUAUGUGCUCAGACACAGUGGGCAGCUAUAUCUGCACCUGCAUCACUGGAUAUACUGGCACAGGAUUCACCUGCAAUGAUGUCAAUGAGUGUGGCAUUGGCACUGCCAUUUGUAGUGAGAAUGCAGAUUGUACUAAUACUGAUGGUAGCUACACUUGUUUGUGUCUACCAGGAUUAACUGGAGAUGGAGAAGUUUGUGUUGACGUCGAUGAAUGUUUAGACAGCAAGGUAUGUCACUCUGAUGCAAGCUGCAACAACGUCUAUCGCGGAUACACAUGUCAGUGCAAUGCUGGCUAUAGUGGUGAUGGAAUCAACUGCUUUGAUAUCAAUGAGUGUAUGGGUGAAAAUCCCUGCCAUCCUAAUGCUGAAUGCAACAACACGGCUGGAAACUACACCUGUCAGUGUGCAUCAGGCUUUUUUGGAGAUGGAACAACCUGUGAAGCUGUUGAAGAGGAAUCAGAAGAAUCCCAGAGCCAAUUUAGUGUCGUAGCAAUAGUUCUGAGUGUGCUGGGAUGUCUCCUGUUGUUAACUCUCAUAAUUAUUUUGGUAUUCUACGUCAUUGUAAGGAUCACCAAACUACUCCCUGUCUACUGGAAGCGAAACAUGAGGAGUGGAAUCGGUAAGCUGUGUGUAGUAUAAUAA